AAACAUGGAAGAAACAGAACCUGUGCUUGGGGAGAAGAAAAGUAAGAAAAAAAAGAGGGAGAAGUCAGUUGCAGAUAUUCAGCAUGAAGAAUCGUUUCAUUUACAGUCUUCAGACAAAGUAGCCAAGCUAGACACAUCUGAAUGGCCACUUUUGUUAAAGAACUUCGACAAAUUAAAUGUUCGCACGAACCACUUUACCCCGUUGCCAUUUGGAUGUUCUCCUCUUCAAAGGAGCAUAAAGGAUUACAUUAAGUAUGGAUUCAUUAACGUUGAUAAGCCAGCCAAUCCAAGCUCCCAUGAAGUAGUUGCAUGGAUUAAAAGAAUUCUCAAGGUGGAAAAAACUGGUCAUUCUGGAACAUUGGAUCCAAAAGUUACAGGUUGUUUAAUAGUAUGCAUAGAUAGAGCUACGCGACCUGUAAAAUCACAGCAAAAUGCUGGGAAAGAGUACAUAUGCAUAUUCAAGUUGCAUUCUGCAGUAGAGAGUGCUCAAAAGGUCAGCCAGACGUUUGAGAAACUUCGUGGUGCAUUAUUCCAGAGACCCCCAUUGAUAUCUGCAGUGAAAAGACAAUUGAGGGUCAGAACAAUAUAUGACAGUAAACUUCUGGAGUAUGAUGAAGAAAACAAUAUGGGAAUUUUCUGGGUCAGUUGUGAGGCUGGAACAUACGUCCGUACAUUGUGUGUUCACCUAGGGCUGAUGUUGGGGGUGGGUGGCCAAAUGUUGGAACUGAGG